AUGAGGUCGUCAGAGCCCUUCAUCGCAUCACACGCCCAGCCAAACCAGUUCCCCGAGGAAUCGGCCUUCCACCUGGCGGUUCUCAAGGCCGGCGUGCAGUACGUCGUACGCAUCUCUAUGACCGCCCAAAAUGUCCGGCCGGACUGCCCCGCCUACUAUCCGCGCACGCACUGGGCUAUCGAGGCGCUCCUGCAGCUCGGUCCUGGUCGAGGCCCUGCACACACGCCCCGGUUGUCGGUACCACAGGACGUGCAGGCCGCGCCCAUCGACCCGGACGAGGUCGGCAUCGUUGCGGCCCACCUGCUGUCUCAGGCCGACACUUCUCGGCACAACAAGGCCAAUUAUGCGCUGAACGGGCCCGAGGACGUCACGGGGGAGCAUAUCAUGUGGAGGGUGGAGCAGUACAUCGGCACAAGGGUGGAGAGCGUCGUCUACAAGGACAUGUCGCUCGCCGAUGGCUGGGCCAAGGCAGCUGGCUUACCGGCAAACACCAUCUCGACCCAACAGCAGGCUUCGAAAGAACCCACGUGGGCUGGGAAGUGCACGGCAUUCACGACUAGCAAUGAAUUGUUGGAGCUCGCGGCUCCCACUCGGACGGCUGUUGAUGCAUUGAGGGCGCUCGUGGGAGAGUGAUGUGGCACUUGUUAACAUGUCAUGUGAGGAC